AUGUCGACAUUUAGCGACGUGGAUAUGUCGAGCACGGAGAAGAGGGAUGCUCAGGCGGCACUUCUGAGAGACCAACUCCAAGAAUCUUUACAGUAUUCGACGCCCAGGAAAAGCAGCAGGUUGACUCAGUGCAUUGUGGUCCUGACCGCAUUUUCUCUUGUCUGUGCCUCCACGGUCGGGUUCCUCGCCCUCAAGCAACACCUUACCACUUCACCUACGUCGAUAUCACACGAUGACUUCUCCAUGUCACAAUCGUCUUGCGUCACACCUAUGGCUCGUCCCGAAUGGAGAUCUCUCCCCGACCACCGACGAUUUGCCUACACAGUCGCCGUAGAGCGCUUGAUGAAGCUCCCGUCUCGUCUGGGGCUGAACACCAGUCGAUACGACGACUUCACAUACGUCCACAUACAGGUGAAGAACCAAGUUCACCACACGGCUCUUUCGCUGCCUUGGCAUCGGCUCUUCGUCUCCGUGUUUGAGCAGGUAUUGACGACGGAAGGGAAAUUCGACGGUCCGUUGCCAUACUGGGACUGGACACUCGAUGCCGCCGACCCUCUCAUCUCGCCUAUCUGGGACUCGCGUGUUGGAUUCGGUGGCAACGGCACAGCGCCAGAUAACUGCGUGACCGAUGGCGUCCUCAGUAGUUAUACAGCUGCCUAUACCGAGGAGGGCUACGCGCCUCAUUGUGUGACCCGCAAGUUCGACAGUACAUAUAAGGAAGGUGCGAUGCACGGGGAGAAGUGGAGGCCGGAGGUCAUCAAGGAGAUCAUAAUGGGAGCUGCGACGUAUGAGGACUUCCGGGAUCAGCUGGAGAGCGGACCGCACAAGCAGUUGCAUCUGGGCAUCGGCGGAGAAAUGAACUCGAUCAGUUCUUCGAACGAUCCGCUAUUCUUCAUCCACCAUGCGCAGAUUGACAGACUCUGGUGGCUUUGGCAACAGCAGCACCCCUCGCAGAGAAAUGUAGAGUUUGCCGGGCCGAAAUACGAAGACGGCGAGAGGGCGGCGACCGGAGCCGACGUGACGGACCGUGUCUUGAUGCUUGGCCUGGGCAAGGACCACUCGGUCCGAGAUCUUCUCACAACGAAAUCGGAUGUGCUUUGCUACAAGUACGCGAUAGAUCUGUAG